UCGAUUCUAAAAUGUGGUCCCGCUAAGACGUGUUUCCCGGCUCUUGCGCUGUCAUCAUUCGCGGUUACCGAAGUAUAGUGAACUUUCACGGAACUUGUUAUGCGUCGCGGCGUUCCGGUGAACACGCUUCUACGCAAACAACACGGUGAGAUUCGGAAAUACCGGCAUCCUUUGCAUUCGGGGUUCUAACCAACCAAAGUCCACCAAGGAUUAAACAGCGGAAAACGCGCGAAGUGAGUUUGUUUUUGCUGCUUUGAUUUGGUGAAAGUUAAUCGGUUUGAAAGUGUUGAGAAAGCCGUCCAUAAACCACACCAGAUCUGUACAAAAAUCGAACAGUUGAACGACAGUCAGUCGGACCCCGAGAAAAAAAAACCCAACUACCGGCUUCUCGGAAACCGGUUUGCGCGAAACGCACCCCAAAAAACAUAACCAUGACCUUGGUCAAAACGGCCCGAUGCAGCGCAGUAAAGCGGACGAUGACAUUUGGCCCACUUACGGCGCUGUUGCUGCUGCUGCUGCUGUCUCUUUGCGGCAAUGCAGCGAGCGAAGGCAUCUUGGACAACAUCAUUUCCCAGCUGGUGUCGACGGCUGCGACGGCUCAAAACUAUCUCGAUAUGGGCCCGUUCCACGACGACGAACGCGGCGGGAAGCGGCAGCAGCAGCAGCAGCAGCCGACGGAGGCGGAAGCGAGUGAUUCCUUCAUUGGGCUCAGUCCCACGUCGUCCAUCUUCUCGCCGACAACGUCUUCGAGUGCACCAACUGGUGCGAGUGUUUCGGCGACGAGUCAUUCGGUUGCCAAAAAUCCCUUCUGGAAUCCGUUUACCUGGUUGAAACCGCGUGCCGUGUCGAUUCCAUACAAUCCGGAUACGGAUUUGAGUACGCCGGAAAUUGCUGUCCGACAUGGGUACACGGCGGAAGCGCACACUCUCAAGACGGCAGACGGUUACCUUCUGACGCUGCAUCGCAUUCCUUGCGGCCGGAUGGGAUGUGUCGAGGGCAAAGGUGUGGGCCAGCCGGUCUUCCUCCAGCACGGACUGCUGUCGAGUUCCGCCGAUUGGCUGCUUAGCGGACCGGAGAAAGCGCUUGCGUUCAUUCUGGCCGACGCCGGGUAUGACGUUUGGUUGGGGAACGCACGGGGAAAUACCUACUCCCGAAAGCACGUCUCCAUGAAUAGUGAUGAAACGGCAUUUUGGGACUUCAGCUGGCACGAGAUGGCCCUUUACGAUAUUCCAGCGGAGAUCGAUUUUGUGUACGCAAUGAGGAAACUUGAACGCAAUGAGACGCGACAGAAUAUGCUCUACGUGGGGCAUUCGAUGGGAACCACCAUGGCGUUCGUCCUAUUAGCCAGCCGACCGGAAUACAAUCAGAAGAUUCAGGCAGUUUUUGCCAUGGCUCCGGUGGCAUUCAUGGGACACGUUAAAAGUCCCAUACGGUUGCUAGCCCCAUUCUCCCACGAUAUUGAAAUUCAACUAGAUCAGGUCACAAAUCUUCAUAUUCCCAAUUGGGUUGACGGGCUCGCAAAUGAUAUACUAAAGCGGUUAUCUUUGCGUCUGUUGAUGAUACUGAAAUUCCUCGGAGGCAACGAGUUCAUGCCACAGAACAAGAUCAUCCGCUAUCUGGCCAAGUACGGCUGCGAGCUGACCGAGGCCGAGAAGUACAUCUGCGAGAACACGGUGUUCGUGUUGUGUGGCUUCGACAAGGAGCAAUACAACGCCACCCUGAUGCCGGUGAUCUUUGGCCACACGCCGGCGGGAACCUCGACCAAGACGGUGGUGCACUACGCCCAGGAGAUUCACGAGAAUGGCAACUUUCAGCUGUUCGAUUACGGCGAGUCGGAGAACGAGCGUCGGUACGGCCAGCCGAAACCUCCCAGCUACGAUCUGGAUAACAUUGCGACCCCGAUUGCGCUGUUCUACGCGAACAAUGAUUGGCUGGCGGGACCGAUGGAUGUGGCGACUUUGUUCAACCGACUUACCAGGACCUCGAUCGGGAUGUUCCGGGUGCCGAACGAUAAUUUCAACCACGUGGACUUCCUCUGGGGCAACGACGCUCCGGAGGUGGUUUAUAAACAGCUGAUGAUGCUGAUGUUGAGGUAUAAGUGAAGUUUGUUUUUUUCCCUCUCUCUAAUAGCUGUAGGUAUCUCUUGAGAUCGCUCUCUAUUCAGCCUUGGGAUGCACCUCUACUUCCACGUGUGUCCUUCCGAUAAACUCAAAGAAAGCUUUAAUAUAAUUAAAAUUAAAUAUUACAUAUUCAUCAUACAA